GAUGGACCCCAAGUGAGGAAAACUAUAGAGCAGUUUUGUUGAUUUUCCACACAAAGUUUCCUUGAUUAUGCCACAUUCUGGCAGCAAACAAUCUUAGCCGACUCCACUGGCAACACGAUGCUGCUCCGUCCCUUGUGCGCAACCACGUUUGCUGUUUUCACCAUCACAUACGCCCAGGCCGAAGAGCUCCCAUUCAAGCCUGGCUGCACGAAGAAACAGCUGAAUGACUGCGGCUCGGACUUCCUCAUCUACAGCAACGUCACACGAGUGCCCGCUGGUGGACAAGAGUUCGUCGACAAUUGCGAGCACCUAUCCGUCCAGCUGUCCUGUGCCCUAGAAUUUUCGAAGGAAUGCUUGGAGGGCCUUCCGAGAGUGGCUGCCCUGCUAAGUUUGCAGGCCAUGGAUGAAGCCUACGAAGCCGUAUGCACUGAAGGCACCGAACUGAACGAACUGUUCCACAACGGCGUUGGCUGUCUGAAUGAAGCUGGGGAUCAGCUGCAUCAGUGCAUGAGCAGUAUGCGAGAAGAAAUGGAGAUUGGCGUGGUUGCUGCGCCGAGAAAACAAGUCAUUCACUACUCUUGCUGUACAUUCAACAAGGUCCAGGACUGUUUCGACGACGCCCUGUUGCACUGUCCAAACAAUGCAGCGAAGGAAUUCAUGAACAGCGUCCUGGACAAAAUACUUGGGGAAGUCUUGAGUCUCGUGUGCGGCAAAUACUCGAGGGGCUCGGCUGCCUGCAAGGAGCUGCCAGUGUUGGAGCCUCCGGAUCAAAGUAAUCUUGGCAGCAGAGACCUCUUCGAGCUGGCCAUACAAAACGCUGCCAUCCUCGGCUCGAAGGGGUCAUGACGCUACGCAGCUACGAAAUGAUGUAAUGCUGCCACUAGAGCAUACCGUUUCAUUCUUUUGCUACGCUCUGUAAUCUUUGCGAUAAACUCAUUCUCUUAGAUAUCACUUCGCCUACAGCUUGGCCUUCCUGCCGACCGUGAUUGCACCGAUAACAACAAUAUUGUCGCGAACCCACUGGUCCAGUACUACGAAAAUAUAAAAAUAUCGCUGCUCCUUCGUUGGUGCAGCCACAUGGAAUGCCUACGGAUAGUCGACAAAGGUCGACCGUCUUUCAACUGUUUUAUUUUAUUUGUACUGUGGUAAGAAGCGUCAAUCGUUCGCGUUUGUUCUAUGCUAAGAAACUGGUAAUAAAUAAAA